CAGGUCAGGGGUCAAGAGUGGAACAUCCUCCUUGGCCCGGGCCGGUGCGGGAGGGAUGUGUGAUGGCCUCGGAGCGCCCGGAGCCGGAGGUGGAAGAAGCUGGGCAGGUGUUCCUGUUAAUGAAAAAGGAUUAUCGAAUCUCCAGAAAUGUUCGCCUGGCUUGGUUCCUCAGUCAUCUGCAUCAAACUGUGCAGGCCACACCCCAGGAGUUGCUGCUUCAGUCUGAGCAGGAGUUAGAAGUCCUCAGUAUCCUGCCUCCUGGGUGGCAGCCAGAUGAACCAGUGAUCCCAAGACCAUUCCUCCUCGUACCUUCUACUCGGGUUACCUUCCUGGCUUGGCAGUAUCGAUUUGUCAUUGAGCUGGACCUUAGCCCAUCCACUGGCAUUGUGGAUGAUUCCACAGGGGAGAUCUUAUUUGAUGAAGUUUUCCAUGCCCUGUCCCGCUGCCUGGGUGGGCUGCUUCGGCCCUUCCGAGUGCCUGGAUCUUGCAUCGACUUCCAGCCUGAGAUCUACGUAACUAUCCAGGCCUACUCCUCGAUCAUUGGCCUACAGUCCCACCAGGUGCUUGUACAAGGUUGCCUUUUGGACCCUUCUCAGCGGGAAGCAUUCCUUCAGCAGGUGUAUGAUCAGCUCUGCCUCUUUGAGGAUAAGGUGGCUGCCAUGCUGCAGCAGCAGUAUGAUCCCCAGAGCCAGGCAGAAGACCGGUCCCCAGACUCAGGGGAGCCCUUGGGCCGGAAGGUGGGAGUUUCCAUGGUGACAGCUGAUCUUGGACUAGUCAGUAUGAUUCGUCAGGGCAUCUUGGCACUGCAGUUACUGCCCUCAAACUCCAGUGCAGGUAUCAUUGUGAUCACAGAUGGGGUGACCAGUGUACCUGAUGUUGCUGUCUGUGAGACACUACUGAACCAGCUUCGCAGUGGUACUGUGGCUUGUUCCUUUGUUCAGGUGGGAGGCGUUUACUCUUAUGACUGCAGUUUUGGACAUGUGCCCAAUGUGGAAUUGAUGAAGUUUAUUGCAAUGGCAACAUUUGGUUCCUACCUGUCCACUUGUCCUGAACCUGAGCCAGGCAACCUGGGUCUGACUGUCUACCACCGGGCAUUCUUGCUCUACUCCUUCCUACGCAGUGGUGAAGCACUGAACCCUGAAUAUUACUGCGGUUCUCAGCACCGCCUAUUUAAUGAGCACCUAGUCUCUGCAAGCAGCAACCCUGCCCUGGCCUUGCGCCGGAAGAAGCAUACUGAGAAGGAGGUGCCAGCUGACUUGGUCAGCACUGUGUCUGUACGGCUUCGAGAGGGCUACAGUGUCCGAGAGGUCACAUUGGCCAAAGGAGGCUCCCAAUUGGAAGUGAAGUUGGUGUUGCUUUGGAAACACAACAUGCGCAUUGAGUAUGUGGCUAUGGCACCCUGGCCCCUAGAGCCUGAGGGUCCUCGAGCAACACGGGUGGAGGUGACAAUGGAAGGUGGCUAUGACAUUUUGCAUGAUGUGUCCUGUGCACUAAGGCAACCCAUUCGUUCCUUAUAUCGUACCCAUGUUAUCCGCCGUUUCUGGAACACACUGCAGAGCAUUAACCAGACUGACCAGAUGUUAGCCCAUCUUCAGUCCUUUUCCUCAGUGCCAGAGCACUUCACACUUCCAGACAGCACCAAGAGUGGAGUGCCACUCUUCUACAUCCCUCCAGGCUCCACCACCCCGGUGCUCUCCCUUCAGCACAGUGGUUCUGACUCAUCUCAUGCCCAGUUUGCUGCCUAUUGGAAGCCAGUACUGUCUAUGGAUGCUAAUUCAUGGCAGCGUUGGCUGCACAUGCAUCGCCUGGUGCUCAUCCUAGAGCAUGACACACCAAUCCCCAAGCACUUGCAUACCCCAGGCAGCAAUGGACGCUACAGCACUAUCCAGUGCAGGAUCUCACACUCCUCUCUGACCUCUUUGCUUCGGGACUGGAGCAGCUUUGUGCUGGUCGAGGGUUAUUCUUAUGUCAAGUUGCUCUCCAGUGCCCCAGACCAGCCCCCCUCCUCCUUCUACAUGGUCCGCAUCAUUUCCAAGGCCCCAUGCAUGGUUCUUCGCCUGGGUUUUCCCAUUGGCACUCCAGCACAGGCCCGGCACAAGAUUGUGUCAGAUUUGAGGGAAGAGAUCCUACGCCUUCGUUUCCCCCACCGGGUGCAAAGCAAGGAGCCAACACCCAAGGUGAAACGAAAAGGGCUGGGUGGCACUGGUGGGGGGAGCUCUCCCUCUAAGUCACCCCCCAUGCUGGGGCCACAGCAGGCCCUGUCUGACCGGCCCUGCCUUGUGGUCCUCCAUAAACCACUGGACAAGCUCCUCAUCAGGUAUGAGAAGCUACCCCUGGACUACCGGGCACCCUUCCUGCUGACACUGGAGCCACCAGGGCCACUGCCCUUAGUCUCAGGCCGUUCAGCCUCGUCUAGCCUAGCAUCACUGUCUCGCUACCUCUACCAUCAACGCUGGCUCUGGAGUGUCCCGUCAGGCCUGGCUCCUGCACUACCACUCAGUGCCAUCGCCCAGCUCCUAUCCAUCCUCACUGAAGUUCGACUCUCUGAAGGGUUCCAUUUUGCCUGCAGUGCGGAAGGAAUCAUCAAUAUGGUUCUGGAACUUCCAAUUCAGAAUGAACCACCCGGACAAGCUGCAGCUGAAGAGAAGCACACAUGUGUCAUCCAGUACAUCCUCUUCCCCCCACACUCCACCUCCACCAAAGACAGCUUCUCAACAGAUGACGACAAUGAUGUGGAGGUGGAGGCCUUAGAGGGGGACUCAGAGCUUAAUCUGGUCACUGAGGUGUGGGUGGAGCCACAAUAUGGGCGAGUGGGACCUGGCCCUGAAAGCUGGAAGCACCUGCAGAACUUGACAUACUCUGAGAUCCCUCAAGCUCUGCACCCACGGGAUGCUGCCUGCAUAGGCUCCAUGCUGAGCUUUGAAUAUCUGAUACAGCUCUGCCAGAGCAAGGAAUGGGGUCCUUUGCCCCCAGAGCCACGGGUCUCUGAUGGACUGGACCAGGGAGGAGACACCUGUGUCCAUGAGAUCCCUUUCCAUUUUGACCUAAUGGGAUUGCUGCCACAGUGCCAGCAGUUGCAGAUGUUUUUCCUUUUGCUUUCCAGAGAGCCAGAGGGUGUUCCUCUCGCCGAGGGGCCCUGUCCUGCCAACGACACGGUGCUGUGCCUGCUGCACAGCUGCCUGGGGCAGGAGCUGAGUGACCGGGAGAUCCCACUGACCCCUGCUGACCAGGCUGCCUUCUUGAGUGAGGUACUGCAGCGGAGCUGUCAUGAUCCAGGUGCAGAGGGGCCACCAAUGGGAAGCCAUGGGAUCCUAAAGGAUCAAGUCAGCAGCACCCUGGCCACUGGAGACUCAGCUCUUCCUGCCCUGGGUGUAGGUCUUCCUGAAACUCUCAAGCCUCUCAUCUCUGCCCAGCCUCCUCAGUGGCGCUGCUAUGCCAGGCUGGUGACCCCCCAGCAUGUGUUCCUAACUUUUCUCCCCGCUACCUUCACAGAUGUUCAGCAUCUGACUGCCUAUGGCCUGGAGGGACCUUCUCAAGAAGAAACAAAGCUUGGGGAUUGGAGUGGAACCCCCAGUCCACGAGAUCUAGGAGGAACUGGGGUUAAGGCUACCAAGUCCCAAGUCCCUAUCCUCAGCAUAACCCUAGCUGAUGACAGUGCCCAGGAUCAAGGAGAGCUGAGCCCUCCCUUCCGCCGGGACUUACAGACUUAUGCUGGGCGUCAGACUUCCCAGACAGAGGGUACAGAGGGGCCCCGGACCCGGUGUCCUGUCUAUAUCUAUAGCUGUUCCCUGGAAGCAUUGAGGGAGCAAAUGGUUGGCAUGCAGCCCCCUCAGGCACCCCGAGACCUCGUCUUCCGGACUCAGUUUCUCGACCACCCCUCUGCAUCCUCAGUCUGGAUGGAGCCCAGGUACAAAGAGGCAGCUACCCAUUGUGCCUUGUUGCAGGAGCAUGCACAGCGGUGCUAUGUCCGUGGGCUAUUCCGGAGCUUGCAGCAAUCACAGAACGUGACUUGCCAGGAUUUGCUGACAGCAGUGGAUGCCUGUGAGGAACUACUGCAAGAAGUAGACAUCACCCCAUUUUUGCUUGCUCUGUGUGGCCACACUUGUGGUUUACCUCAUGCACCCCCAAGCCCUGGUCCUCUCAGCCCAGGGCUUUUCAGCAGCAGCAUUGAGGAGGGUCCAGAGCCUCGGGAACGAGCUAUCCUAGCUUCUGAAUCCAGCAUAGAGACUGAGGACCUAAGUGAGCCUGAGUUUCAGAGCACCCGUGUCUCUGGCAAUCCAGACCCUGGCCCAGAGAUCUCUCUGACAGAUGUCUGCCAGCUCAGAGGAGAGGCACACGAUGCCCUUCAUGGCCUCAUCCAGGAGAAAUUCCUGGAAAUUAGUCGCCUCCACUUCUGCACUGUGCCCUCCAAUCCCCACUACUUCUUCUAUUGCCCUCCAUCCAGCAGACGAGAAGAUGAUGGUCCUCGGGACACAGUAGACAGAAAAGUCAGUGAUCUGGAGUUUUCAGAAGCUGAACUUGUGGGAGAAGAGGGUGACACAUCUGCCUGCUGUGUGGUCACUGAGAGUGAUCCAGAGCUGGAGGUCGAAUACCGUGAGAGCCGUGAACCAGACCUGGGGCCUGCUGGUUUAGACUCUGCCUCACUGUCAGAUGCAGACACUGUGAACCCUGAUGAAGACUCCUUCAGUAUCUUGGGGGGUGACUCACCCACUGGGCCUGAGAGCCUUGUGCAUGACCUGCCACCCCUCUUCUUGCACCUCACAUGUUCUGUGCGUCUUCGUGGACAGCACAGCUCAGUACCUGUGUGCAGCCUGCCUACUUGUCUGGGCCAGGUACUUGCCAGUUUGGAGGGCCCCCCGAUUAGAGGCCGAGUUCCCCUGAGGGACCUCAGUGUCACCCUGGAUGUCUUCGUGCUGACCUUGCCCCUGGAAGUGGAGCUUCCCCCAGCCUCGGACCCUCAGCACCACAGAUCAACAUCUGAGAGCAGUGCUUCAUUCCCACGGUCCCCAGGGCAGCCAUCAUCUUUAAGGUCAGAUGAUGGCCUGGGACCCCCACUACCACCCCCAGAAGAAGAGAGGCACCAAGGACUGUCCAGUUUGGCCACACCCCACAGACUGGCUAUCGAGACCACCAUGAGUGAGAUCCGCUGGUUGUUAGAAGAUGAGAUGGUGGGGGCACUCCGAAGAGGGGGCAUCCCCCAGAGCCCUGCCCUGCACCGAGUAGCUGCCCACAUCCAUAGCUCUCCUGGACGCUCCACCUGCCUUCGCCAAACUCUGCCACUGAGUUUUGUGUUUGGGCCAGAGCGUUCCCUCACGCAAUUCAAGGAGGAGUUCCGCCGCCUCCACCUCCCUGGCCAUGCUCUCCUUGAGGACCCUGACAGUGGCUUCUUCUUUGUGGCAGCUGGCCAACAGCCAGGUGGGUCCCAUGGGGAGACCCCUGCAGUGACCUGGGCUUGGCACAGCAAUGAGGACAGGACUGAAGGCAUCCAAAGGGAGCCCCUGAUCACCAGUCCCCAAGCCCCUGGCUCCCCAGAGGAUUCUGAAGGCACCCCUCUUAUCAUUCUACCCAACCUGCCACAAGCAGGGAGUCAGCCUGGGCCCAGUCGGGGACUAAGCCUUAUAUCCAGUCAAGGUAGUGUGGACUCAGACCACCUAGGUUAUGAUGGUGGCAGUAGUGGCUCAGACAGUGAAGGUCCAAAUGAGACCCUCAGUGAGAAGGCCCCCUUCACAUUGCGGACUCCACCUGGGCAAGCAUCUCUGCAGCCUUCACUCUCAGUCCUUCCUGGGCCCUGCCUGCCUGACUUCUGGCUCAUUGUCCGAAUACUACAGGAUCGUGUGGAAGUGUAUGCACAUGCACAGAGCCUGAUCCGGGAGGAUGGGGGGCCCGUCACUGAGUGUCGCCACCUGCAGCAGCUCCUGGUGAGGCGAGUUGGGGAGAUCUGCAGAGAGGUCAACCAGAGAUUGCUUCUUCAAGAUCUUCAUGACAGUCACGUGUGUAACUCUCUUCUGGUGGCCGAGAGUGAAGAAGAUCUAUGGCGCAGUGAGACCCCCUUCCACUCCCGUCAGCGGGCACCACUCCCCAGUGAUGAUUAUGCUGCUGAUGAGAGCUGUGCACCCCGAGGGUACCUAGCAGCCACAAUGCAGUUUGUCCCUGGACAUUUCUCCUGUGACGUUGUAUGGGGAACUAUAAUCCGAGUCCACUCACGCCUCAAGAUGGGGCCCAGUAUGGGGGUCUCUCGGGCCAUCCAGGCCCUGCGCUCUGUGCUUAAUGCCUUCUCUGUGGUGAACCGGAAGAAUAUGUUUGUUUAUCAGGAGCGAGCCACAAAAGCUGUGUACUAUCUUCGGCUUCUGGAGACAUCCUGCAGUGACCGGCCAUGGGAAGGGGAUGCUUUGCCGCCUUCCCUAGCUCUGUCCCGAAGCCAGGAGCCCAUCUACUCUGAGGAAUCCUCGGGUCCUCGUUCUCCCCUGGAUGUGGCUUCCAGCCGUAAUUCAGAUACUGCUCGCCCUGUGGGCCAAGUGGACAGACAUAUCCAGCUGCUAGUGCAUGGUGUAGGGCAGGCAGGUCCUGAGAUCACAGAUGAGCUAGUGCGGGUUCUGCGGCGGCGCCUGGAUGAGGCCACACUGGAUGUCAUCACAGUCAUGCUGGUUCGAAACUGCAAACUGACACCUGCUGAUGUGGAGUUCAUCCAGCCCCCUGGAAGCCUCCCCUCAGAGGUAUUGCAUCUGGCCCUACCUGCCUCCUGCAGGCCGUGGCUUCCUGCUCUGGCCUGGUACCUGCGCCAAAACCUGCUCAUCUUUCUGCACUCUCCCAAAUACACAGACAGCAACAGCCGGAACCACUUCCAACAUCCACUCCCACCACAGGGUGGCCUCCCUGACUUGGACAUCUACUUAUAUAACAAGCCUGGUGGACAGGGCACUGGGGGCAAAGGGGUCGCUUGCAUCACUCUAGCCUUUGUGGAUGAAGGAGGGGCCCCCAUCUCAUUGGCAUCGUGGCCUCCCUCUUCCCCGGGGCCCCCAGACCUGCUGCGAGAAGAGGAAUUUGAGCAACUAACUCAGGUCAUUCGCUGCCCAGUCAUGCUGGACAGUUCUUCAGCUCAGAAUGGGGCCCCAAGGCUUCGAUUGGAUGUUUGGGAAAAGGGGAACAUUAGCAUCGUGCAACUGGAAGAGAAGCUCCGGGGAGCAGCUCGCCAGGCCCUUGCUGAUGCUGUCAUGGAGCUGAGACUGCUGCCAGCUUCACUAUGUACAGAGGAUACACCCCCAGGAAGUCUCAGGAGCGGGUCAUUGGAAACCAAGAGCCCUGCAGGCCGAUCUAGCACCUUUCCCCCUGCCCCUGUCCCUGGGGAACCUGUGACUCCACCCAGCAAAGCUGGCCGGCGUAGCUUCUGGGACAUGCUGAGUAAAACAGAAGGUGGGGAUUUGGGUUCCCCAAAAACAACUGAUGAUAUUGUUCUGGAUCGACCGGAAGACACUAGAGGUAGGAGGCGUCAUAAAACUGAGAGUGUUCGGACUCCAGGUGGAACUGAACGAGCACCAGGCCCAGAUUCUGGAGCCCAGAGACAACGACGCCGGACUGCACAGCUAGAGGAAGGUGAAGUGGGAACCCUUCACCCUGUGUUUGCUCAUGUCAUUCAGCACUGGAUGGAGUUUAUGGUUCAGAUUGGUUGUGCCUCAGUGUCCAGAAGCUCCACCCACAUGGUGUCCCGAUUCCUCCUUCCUUCCAUUUUGUCUGAGUUCACCACUCUGGUUACCUCAAUGGCUGGCGACACCAGUGUCCGUGUCUUUGAGCAGCAUUUGGGUUCAGAGCCUGACAUCUUCAGUCCUUGUUCCCCUGGGCAACUGGGCCCAGCCCCCCGCCCAGCAGCUGAGCGACAUCUGCUGCUUCUGGGAAGGAACUUCAUGCAGUGGAGGAGACCAACCCAGCAGGCUGCCAAAGCUGUGCAGCGCUUUGAGCCAGGAGGAGACGGGAGCUCAGGGCGAAAUGCUCCCCGACAGAGGCUCUUACUGCUGGAGGUUGUGGACAAAAAGCUACAGCUGCUGACCUACAACUGGGCUCCAGACCUGGGGGCAGCCUUAGGCCGAGCACUGGUUCGCCUUGUGCAGUGGCAAAAUGCACGGGCCCAUCUUAUCUUCUGCCUACUCAGCCAAAAGCUUGGGCUCUUCCAUCAUUAUGGCCAGUUGGACUUCCCCGUGCGAGAUGAAAAGGAGCCAAACCCAUUCCUGCUUCCAACCAUGGAAGUGGAGACCCUCAUCCGGAGUGCUAGUCCCCCACUGAGCCGCGAGCAGGGCCGGCUGAGUGGGUCCUCUCGUGGAGGGGGUCCUCUUCCUCUGGACACAUUCCCCUUCGACGAAGCUCUGAGGGACAUCACGGCUACCCGCUCUAGCUCCACCCUUGGUCCUGUGCCCAGACCUCCUGAUCCUGUCACCUACCAUGGACAACAGUUCCUGGAGAUCAAGAUGUCAGAACGCAGGGAGCUGGAGCGCCAGAUGAAGAUGGAGAACCUGUUUGUAACCUGGCAGCAGCGUUCUGCCCCAGCCAGCAUGCCCAUCAGUGCUGGAGAGCUGGAGACCCUAAAACAGUCAUCCCGCCUUGUGCAUUACUGUGCGACAGCUCUGCUCUUCGACCCAGCUGCGUGGCUGCAUGGACCCCCAGAGACAUCUGGGCCCCCUGAAGGACAGAGGCGCCAUCGCCCUGAGUCAGGGUCUGGGAGUCGAGAGGCUCCCACAAGCUGUGAAUCCUUGGAUAUGCCUCCACCAGGAGCCCGUGAGGAGCCUUGGCUGAAGGAGCUCAGCUUAGCCUUCCUGCAGCAAUAUGUGCAGUAUCUGCAGAGCAUAGGCUUUGUGCUGGUUCCACUGCGGCCCCCUUCACCCGCUCGCAGCACCAGCCGGCUGCGUGCCAUGGCUGUCCUUGGAACAGAAAGUCGAGGCUCCUUCUCCUGCCCAAAAACCAAGACUGAGGGGAGCCCCAAGAGUUCUGGCUCUCCAGUCACUACCUACCACCUGCAGCGUGCGCUACCUGGAGGCAUCAUCCUCAUGGAGUUAACUUUCCAGGGCUGUUACUUCUGUGUCAAACAGUUUGCCUUGGAAUGUUCCCGAAUCCCAAUGGGGCAGGCUGUCAACUCUCAGCUGUCCAUGCUAUUCACAGAGGAGUGUGACAAGGUGCGAGACCUGAUGCACGUGCACUCCUUCAGCUAUGACUUCCACCUGCGCCUUGUGCACCAGCAUGUGCUGGGUGCCCACCUGGUGCUGCGGCAUGGCUACCACCUCACCACCUUCCUGCGACACUUCUUGGCCCACCACCCUGAUGGACCCCACUUUGGCCGCAAUCAUAUUUACCAAGGGACACUGGAGCUUCCCACACCACUCAUUGCUGCCCACCAGCUGUACAACUAUGUGGCUGAUCAUGCAAGCUCUUACCACAUGAAGCCACUACGUAUGGCCCGGCCAGGGGGCCCAGAACAUAAUGAAUAUGCCCUAGUGUCAGCAUGGCACAGCUCUGGCUCCUACCUAGACUCUGAGGGACUUCGCCACCAGGAUGACUUUGAUGUGUCUCUGCUCGUCUGUCACUGUGCUGCACCCUUUGAGGAGCAAGGAGAAGCUGAGCGGCAUGUUCUGCGGCUGCAGUUCUUCGUGGUGCUCACCAGCCAACGAGAACUCUUCCCCAGACUCACUGCUGACAUGCGCCGGUUCCGGAAGCCACCCAGACUGCCCCCUGAGCCAGAGGCUCCUGGGAGCUCAGCUGGUAGCCCUGGGGAAGCCUCAGGGCUUGUCCUAGUCCCUGGGCCAGCUCCUUUGUUCCCACCACUGGCUGCAGAGGUGGGCAUGGCCCGGGCACGGCUGGCUCAGCUGGUCCGGCUGGCUGGUGGGCACUGCCGUCGGGACACCCUCUGGAAGCGCCUCUUCUUGCUGGAGCCACCAGGACCUGACCGGCUAAGGCUUGGGGGGCGCCUGGCCCUGGCAGAGCUGGAAGAGCUCCUAGAGGCAGUCCAUGCCAAAUCUAUUGGAGACAUUGACCCCCAGCUGGACUGCUUCCUGUCCAUGACGGUCUCCUGGUACCAGAGCCUGAUCAAGGUUCUUCUGAGCCGUUUCCCCCAGAGCUGUCGCCAUUUCCAGAGCCCAGAUUUAGGAACUCAGUACCUGGUUGUGCUGAAUCAGAAGUUCACUGACUGUUUUGUGCUAGUGUUUCUGGACUCCCACUUGGGAAAGACGUCUCUGACAGUGGUUUUCCGAGAGCCCUUCCCAGUACAGCCUCAGGACAGCGAGAGUCCCCCUGCCCAGCUGGUCUCCACCUACCACCACUUAGAGUCCGUCAUCAAUACAGCCUGUUUCACCCUCUGGACCCGCCUUCUCUGAGGAAGUGGACCACUGGACACCACUGUACAUUGAAUCAUGAAUCUGUAAGAUUGCCCACCUGAGGCAUGACUAAUCAGCCCUCUCAGGCUCCAGGGCUAACUUGCACACUGAGUGACACCAAAGGCUUUGUGAAUACUUCUGGGGAUUUACUGCUGCAGCCUGGCAGCAGGGACUACUUCCCCAAACACUUGUAGCUGCUGACCAGCCCAGGACUCUAGGGGGUAAGGUCAACUCCCUAAGGCACCCAUCCCCUCUCAGACUCCUUAGACCUUCUAUAAGGGGACAACUCCUUCCUGUCCACCUGUUAGAGUCUUGGGAAUUCUUCACAGCAGGUAAUAAGCACUCACCCCUUAAGCUCUGCCAGAAUCCUGCCUCCCACUAUGGUCACUGUUAGCCACCUGCCCCCCUUAGCCUUUUGGUCUUCAUUCACACUUGGACAUCACUGCCGGACAUUGCUAUUGAGAUGAAACCUUGGUUCCUAUCUGAACUCUGCCUUUGAAGCACAUGUGACCAGCAUCAAGCUCCUUUACUCUUGGACCCUGGUUCCUCACUUGUAAGUGAGGAGGAAGGCUCAAAAUCUCUCCUUUUCCCACAGCAACUCUGGCACCAACUGGAAGAUUUGAGCAUGAGCUGUGUGUCCCUUCUCAAUGGGAGACUGAAGCAUUAGACACUGUGUGUCCUCUACCCCAUAACAUACACAUAUGAAAAUGUUCA